AUGUCAUCACAGAGGUCGAGCUCGAUGGAGGCACAUGACAACAUCCGGAAGCGAGUAUGCAAAGCUUGCGAUCGCUGUCGGUUGAAGAAGUCAAAGUGUGACGGAGCAAGUCCAUGCAGCCGGUGUAAAGCUGAUAACGCCAUUUGCGUGUUCGGAGAGAGGAAGAAGUCGCAAGACAAAGUCUACCCCAAAGGUUAUGUUGAGAUGCUCGAACAACAACAAGCCCAACUCGUCGCCGGACUACGAGACCUGUACACUCGCCUGCAAUCUGGGCAAGGUUGGCCAGGCCAGCCACUGCGUGAAGCGCAAGGAGGCCAUCCCUUGACACACGACAUCCUCGAACGACUUGACCUGUUACACGGACCGAGUGAAAACGGUGGUAAUUACGAAGGCUUCGAGGAGGACUGCAGUCGCAUGCAACACAAGCUGCUCGAACGGGGGGCGCCGCUGUCCCGCAGGCGCGGAUCAGCAAGCUCAGAUUCGGAGCACGGGCACACCUCGUCGCCGUCGUCAUACAGCGGUACACCAACCGCGAGGCAAUUUGCCUUCACCGAACCAUUCGUACGCAACAACGCACCGCCAACACCGCCUAUGAACAGUCCAUUCCCGAGACAAUCGCAAGUGGCAGCUCCCGUAAAACAAGAAUCGCCUGUGGUGUCGUCGACCUUUAUGCAGACUGGCGCUCUGGAUCCUUCAGCGCUCUCGAGAGCCUGGAUGGCCGAUUCGAUGAUGAUGGAAGAGCCAAUGGACUUCAAGUCCAUGAACGGGUUCGAGAACUUCAACACGUACGAUCAGAUCAUGAUGGUCGACCCGAUCUUCAUGGAUCCCAAUGACCCAAUGAUGCCAGACUGGAACAGCACAAACGACCUGGACUUCAACAACUUCAUACAAAACCCGGUCGGUGCAUGA